AUGCAUCCUUUGGUCAGAAUUCUGGUUCCAGCGGCUUGGAUUGCCAUCUCGUUUUCUUCACUAGCAUCCGCCGAGGAUGUUCUGUUCAGCAGACGGACCUUGAACAAGAGAGGUCUUGAUGAGGAUGGAAACUACAACAUCUCAUUCUUUCAUAUCAAUGAUGUUCACGCUCACUUGGACGAAUUCAGCUCCUCCGGGACCGAUUGUACACAGCCCGAGAGAGGUUGUUAUGGCGGUUAUGCACGAGUUAAACAUGUCAUCGACGAGCAGAGACCAGCAUACAACGACAGCUUGUUUUUGAACGCGGGCGACGAGUUUCAAGGAACGCUGUUCUAUUCAUUUUACGGCGGGGAGAAGAUCGCAGAGACUAUUAACCAGCUAGGUUUCGAUGCCAUGACGUUGGGAAACCAUGAAUUUGAUGGCGGCGAUGACAUGUUAGGUGCCUUUCUGGAAAACCUCACCUUUCCCAUCGUCUCGGCGAACAUCCAGUCAGAUCAUCCCGUCUUGAAUCGCACCAUUAAACCGUACCAUCUCUUCGAAGAAUAUCAAUUGGCCGUCAUUGGAGUCACGACGGAGACCACUCCUUCCAUAUCAAGUCCCGGCAAAGGGACCACCUUUAGCAGUGCCAUUGACGCGGUCCAAAACACGGUGGACCUCAUCAGGAGCACGACCAACAUCACCAGAAUUGCCGCACUCACCCACAUUGGCUACGAAGAAGACCAGAGGCUGGCCGAAGCAACCUCGGGUCUAUACCUGAUCAUGGGCGGUCACAGUCAUACCCCACUGGGUGAUUUUGAGGACGCCGAAGGGCCCUAUCCCACCAUCCGAAACAAUGCAGACGGGGAGGAGGUUUUCAUCGUUACCGCCUACCGAUGGGGCGAGUAUCUGGGUUAUAUUGAUGUGACCUACGACCCGGAAGGACGAGUUCUUGCCUAUCACGGCGGUCCUAUUCAUCUGACCAACCAAACUGAACAAGACCCGGCGCUUCAAGCCCAGGUCGAGGCUUGGCGAGGACCUUUUGAAGAGUUCGCUGCGCAGGAAGUGGGAGAAACACUGGUCGUCCUGGACCAAGAAACCUGCCAGGAGAUGGAGUGUACUCUCGGAGAUUUCAUGGCGGAUGCCAUGUUCUCUUAUCGCUUGAACGCCACGGAUGAGGUGGAUUUCGCUCUUAUUAAUGCGGGAGGCAUCCGUGCGACGAUCGAUGUGGGACCCAUUACUCGAGGGGAAAUUCUGACCUCGUUCCCCUUCGGCAACUCUAUCGUCGAACUCACUUUGAGCGGGCAGCAGGUUUGGGACGUUCUAGAGGGUAUAGUCACCGGUGUCAAUCAAAACAAUGGAGAAGAAGUCACCAGCUUCUUCCAAGUCAGCCGUGGAAUCAUUGUGGAAUACAAUCCCGAGAACGCCAACGGCACGAAACUGGUCCGAGUCACGGUGGGAGAAGAGCCCUUGGAUUUGCAAAGGGACUAUACCAUUGUCACACUGGAUUUCCUUGCUGGUGGCGGUGAUAAUUUUUUCGUCCCGACCACGGAUUUCAUCACCCUGGAUACCCAAGAUGAAGUUCUUACUCGCUAUAUCGAAGAGCAAAGUCCUGUUGACAUCUCUCUGGACGGACGUAUUGCUGUCGUCGAAGGAGCUGCCGAGGAUGCCAGUCCCAAUGCCACUGAAACAGGUUCAGCAACAGGCUCUGGAGCGACAGCAUCUGCCACUGGUGAGAGUGGAUCUUCUCGCUUUGAGGUGCCAACCCUCAGUCUGAUUCUGACCGUCUCCUUGUUGUUCCUUGUGGAAUCAUGCUAG